GUCGGCACGGGAAGCAUGGAUUGCGGUGAUUUAGAUGAGGAGGUCUUCCUCGAGUGUGCCAUGGCGGUCGACGCUUCGGGCGACGCCGCGGGUCAGGCCCUGGGCGACGACAGCGGCCGGACCGUCGCCGCGGGCCGUCGCCGCAACGCCAGCAGCAGCGGCGGCGGAGACGCUGCAGCGCCGACCGACGUGUUGAUCCUUGACGACACCCCCGUCGGCACGCCGUGCUCCGACUUCCUGGCGAUCGAAGAUCUGCCAAGCAUCCUCUCGGUGGAGGAGGAUACUCUCUGCGCCGAGCAGCAGCAGCAGCAACAGCAGCGGCAACAGCAGCGCCGGCGCAAGAAGAAGAAGCGUACGGGCUCGAGCCUGGCGGCCAGCAACUUCUCCGACUUGUACUCCCUCACUGGGGAAGUGCUUGGCGAGGGUGCCUAUGCCUCGGUUCAGACCUGCAUCUGCCUGUACACCGGCAAGGAGCACGCCGUCAAGAUCAUUGAGAAAGGUCCUGGCCACAGCCGGGCCCGUGUAUUCAGGGAAGUGGAGACAUUCCAUCACUGUUCAGGCCACAAGAACAUCGUCCAGCUGAUUGAGUUCCUCGAAGAUGAGAAUCGGUUCUACCUUGUUUUUGAGAAGAUGCGCGGGGGUCCCCUGCUGCGGCACAUCGAGCAGCGGGUGCAGUUCACCGAGCAUGAGGCGAGCCGCGUGGUGCGGGAUAUCGCCGAAGCUCUGCGCUUUCUGCACUCCAAGGGCAUUGCGCACAGGGACCUCAAGCCGGAGAACAUUCUGUGCUUCGACACAGAUCAGAUCUGGCCCGUGAAGAUCUGCGACCUCGACUUGGGUUCUGGUGUGGUGUUGCUGCCAGGCAAUGAGGCAACACCGCCCACGACGCCCGAGCUGCAGACGCCCGUGGGCUCGGCCGAGUUCAUGGCGCCCGAGGUGGUGGGGGCAUUUGUGGGAGAGGCGCACACUUACGACAAGCGCUGCGACCUCUGGAGCCUGGGGGUCAUCGUCUACAUCCUGCUGUGCGGCUACCCGCCGUUUUACGGACGCUGUGGCAGCAGCUGCGGCUGGGAGCGUGGAGAGUUCUGCCAGGCUUGUCAGGACCAGCUGUUCACUUCGAUCCAGGAGGGCUGGUACGACUUUCCCGACCGUGACUGGGCCGGCAUUUCGGACGAGGCCAAGGACAUCAUUUCCCAUCUCCUUGUCAAGGAUGCCAGCCAGCGUUACACGGCUGAGGAAGUCCUGGCCCACCCCUGGGUGGCACACGGCGGGCCGAGCACUGCCCUGCACACACCUUCCAUCAUUCGCAGGAACAAUAGUGCCCGCGACCUCGCCGCAUUUGCCGAGAGCGCCAACGCAGUCAAGCGACUGGUUCAGCACCAGAUGGCUUGGAGCAUGGAACUACUGCGGCCCGCCACGUUCACUGGACACCCCGAUCCAUCUCCACCAACCGGCGGCUUUGGACUCUCUCCUCCCGGGGAGUCGAAGCUUGCCCAACGCCGUCGUGCUGGCCGUUCCUUGAGCCUGCGCAGCUCGGUCGAGUCCAUCUCUCUUUCCGGCUGACUUUUGCUUUCCUCCGCUCUUCCCCCCCCCUUUUCUUUUUCUGUUUUCCUUCUUCCCGUGAGCUCCUAUUUUUUCUCCCGUCUAUCUUGUUCACCGCUCCGGCUCCAGCACCUCUCCCAAGGCCUGGACUCUGAAGCAGUCAACAAGAACUCCGUGUCCCUGUUCCUUCCCUACCUCAACCUCUUUGAAGAAGAGCCGGUGUGAAGCUGCACCUCCUUCCAGGGUUUGUUUGGACUGCGGUUGACGUUUGAGUGCUAAAGCUAUGUAAUGAGAACACUCGUGGGAUUGUGUGUGGACAUUGAUCCGUGAACUGGCUCGGUUGUGAUGGGGGAGUGUUGUUGCUCCUCGGCAAGAAGUGUAACAGGCUUGAACCAAGCUUUUUUGUUUCCUCAAGACCAGAACUUGUCUAGUUAUGUACUGUCUCACAUCAAGUCUUCGUCAUUUCCUCAACACACUCUUGUGGAAAUCUCCAGGAAGCUUUGGGCAGGCCUGCUCCCUUCUCAUGCUCGUGAGCAAAGGUGCUUAAUGGCGCUCGGAACUUCAGCUGCAGUGCGGAAGGCUCCUGGAAAAAGUGGUGUUGGUUGAUUUAGUUUUCCGAUGCGCCUCGUGAAAAUGUCACCUGAAAAAAAAAUACAAAAAAAAACCAGAAAAAAACAUUUGAAUCCGAGGUGUAGGUUCAAAUAGCUCUGCCUUGUUGGUGGCCCGUUCCGCAGUGAAAUCUCGGGAGAAAGGUUGUGCAUGGUGUUUCUAGAGUUCCUUCCGGCUCUUUUCCCUCCCCCCAAUUCUCGUCGCCACCUUUUGCCGCCCACCGCAAGACGGACCCGUCUCUCGAGUCUCUGGCAUACUGGCGUUAAGAAAUAAGGAGUGAAGGUGGGGAAGGUUGUGCGCGACAAUGCAGCAAACUUGCAGGCUUCUCUGUGUACUUAACAAGUGAUCUUCUUGAGUUCUUCAGAAAAACAAAAACAAAAAAAAAGGCCAUGUGUGUAUAACCACCUACUGUCUCGUCAGAUGAAGGGCUCCUUCUUUGGCGUUGGCUGUUCUUUAAAAAAAAAAAAACAGUGCACAGGACAGUUUGAACGGGGUUCGCUGUUGCAUCGUCACAACCUCCCUGUUUUUAUGGAACCUGCGAGUGCUGUUCUGAGAGAAAAACAACAAAAAAAAGAGUUUAUUUUCUUUGAUGUCAGAAGUGAUAUGUAAUGCUAUAGUGUGCCUCGACGCAGUCUCUCUUGGGCUGCGUUUUUCUUCCUUUAUCUCGUAGCCUAACUGUGGGUUUGAAAGGCAUCGUUCAUUUUUCGCUACGGUAUUCUAUCUACUUGCCCUUUCGGGGGCCCUUUUUUUUUUAUUCUGCUCGGUGAUUGUUCUGUCAUUCUGUUGUACCUGUGUAAAACCGCGGUGUACCCAACUAAUUCCAGUGCCUGAUUUCUUUGGUCUACACGCUUCUUUGACGUGCGUUAGUCUAUACAAGUAAGUGGUGGUGCGUGCAAGUCGCGCGUGUAAGCUGAAAACCAAUAACUGCUACUUCCCAGACUUUUUCUUUUGUUUGAAUGUCUCUCUUUGGACUUUUUGUUUAUUUAUGCAGUAUCUCUUUUAUUUCUUGCAGAAUAAAAUGGGAAGGAAAAAGGCUAAAGAUUAACACAUUACGCCCAUCGCUCAAGGAAGGUCAUGUGAAUGUGCGUCACCAGAAUGUUCCAUUGCUCAUCGUCACCUUUUUUUUUUUUUUUUUCCCCUUGCAGUUUCAUUUUUGUUUCGAGGACGGGUAGUCUUCGAGUCAUCGCAAACCAUUCUCAAUCGCCGGUUUUCUAUUCUUUUUCCCACUUUUAUUAUUUUUGUAAAGAUAUACAUAAUAGUUGUGAAGGGGGGAGCAAAAUUCUUUUCGUUUUUUUUUUCCCCCUCGUGGUAAUGAUUUCGUUAGAAUGCCCCUUCCAAAGUCGUUGCCUACCUUGCUUUGCAAGUCUUACCAGGUUUAUAGAAGCGGUGCCUUCGUGUUGGGAAUCUUUUUUUCCUCAACGGGUUCAUCCAGCUGUUGUUCUCAACGGAACUUAUGCCUGGAAAGCUGUCGUGAUUUAUGCCUUAAUGAGCUUUAUUCUCCUCAAACCUGAUGCCAUUUCUAGUGUGCCCGUUCCCUCUCUCUUGAAUCUUUUUUUUUAUUUUUAAUGUGAUUCCAUCUUUCGUUGGCAUCCGCACAAGUUCCCUCCAGUUUUUUUAGAGGGAACUUGGAACAUUGUUCCUUGUCCUCCCCUUUACCCCGAAACCUUGUCCAGUCUGUGCCGACUACCGCUGUUACUACUGGAAAUUGUCGUCCAUGUAUCUGUGAUAAGCUUAAAAAUGUUUUGUUUUUCUUUCGAAGAAAAUGUUCUUCGUUCCUUUGAUUGCGAUGAAUGCUGCUGUAGUGCCAAAAUUUGAAGCGUGGUCAAACCGAGGUUUUCGUUGCAUGUGUCACUAGGAUUGUGCGCGUGUGUGACUGAUUACCUUAGUUUUUUCUUUCUUCUUAUAGAUUGUGAGAUGUUCAACAAGCACACACACAUAUACACACAAGAUAAUAAGACGGAUCUUGCUUGCACAGUUUUACAAAAUGUUGUAAACAUUGCUGCAUGUACACACAAGUUUCCAAUCAUAUAUAUAUACACACACGCUGUACACUGUACUAUUGUCAUUGAAAACUGCGGUCCUGUCACAUUGAUGGGGAAACGUGGUGUUGUGCAUUUUUUUUUUCUUCGUCGUCAGCUCCGUUUUUCUUUUUUCUUUGUUUCGUACGUUGUGGGAGAAAAAAAUUUCUGUGCUUCCGGAUCAAAAUUGUUCUACUGUCGCAACUCUACAGAACGUACACACAUCCCAUGUGGGAAUGAAAAAAAAAGUACAAAGUUUAUUGUUUGUUUGGCUUCUCUUUGUGUUGAAAUAAGGAUAAAGACGAAGAAUUGUGAAAAAUAAAAAAAAUAUUUCGACCAACGCGAAAUAAAA